AGAGAAGUCUGAAAUGGAAUUAAGCUGGGUCAGGCUCUGGGCAACCUGAUGUAGCCAUAGUGUCCCUGUUCAUUGCAGAGGAGUUGGACUAGAUGACAUUUAAAGAUGCCUUCCAACUCAAAUUAUUCAAUGAUCCUAUGAUUUUUUAUCUCUGUACACAUUUAGCGUAGGUGUCCCUCUCUCAAACAUGUGGGUGGGUGAGAGGGGGAUGCCAGCUGCUGCCAGGCACUCGGCAGAGGUGUGAGCAGAGUCUUUCCAGGUGCUCUGAAAACUCAGACUACACCAAAUCCGUAAGUGUCCAUGGGGCAGGAAUACACACAGCACAGCAUGGGAAGGUUGGCUGUGGACACCCUGGACAUUGGGAUGAUGUACCGUAGCACAGUUGACAGAGGAGAUAACAGGACCAUGCUGCAAGCUUCUUGAUGGAACUGGUAAAUGAUUCAUAGCAGAGAUAAUGCUUGGCAAAUGCAAGAAAGGGGUCAUUUGCAGAGCCUAGCAUGAAGCCAAGGUCUUGAGCUCCUUACCCCGUGUUGGUGCUCCUGUACAGACCAAGGUGGCCGGUACUGCAAUGCUGUCUGCUUCUGGAGCCAGUGAUGCCCCUUCCUGAUGCCACUUCCCUGUUUUUCAGCAUGAAGCAGCAGCUGCAGGACAGACUGCACUUCUAGGAGAGCAGCAGGCAGUUGCAUUUACCAAGCUACCAGCCAGAGGACGGAGGAAGACAGUGGCUUGAGCACGUGGCUCCACAGCGGGCUUCGCCAUGGUAUCAAGAGAGCAUGUGGGCCAUGGAAUGGCUCUGCUGUGUGGGAGGUACACGGGGCACCUGUUCUGUGCACUUACUGUCCUGGAGAUUGUUGGGACCUUGGGACUGAUGAUCUACGCACUGCUGGUGGAAGCAGGGAACCUGGUUGACCUCCCCAACAAAUGCAUCGGCUUUUACAACUUCUGCUUGUGGAAUGAGACAUCCGGGAAGCUGCAGUGCCUGGAAGUCAGCCAGCUGCAGGCCAUGGGCAUCAGCUGGCUAGGAAUAGCACUGGCCAGGGUUUGUGUCUAUAUCUGCUCAGUCCUCAGCUUCUUCUACCCCCUUUUCCUUGCAAAUGUGAUGGGCGUAGACAAGGAAAAGGGCUGGAGGGCAUUGCUCAUCAUCCUCAUCACCAAAAUGUUACUCCUAUCCGGAGGCUUGGGUAUAUUUCUCCUCCAAACCUCGCCAUGGAUUAACCCCUCCGAUUUCACUGGGGGCUUUCUGGCACUGGUUGGGACUAUGGCUCUGAUUCUGCUCCAGAUUCUCACUGUCACUAUGUACGCCAUCUGGGCCAAGCACAUGAACCCGUGUCAAAGCCCUUUCACUGAGGAGGCCUUGCCCAUUAAAAUCUGAAGAUGAAGAUGCAGGAUGUUGUGAUUUAGAACAGUAAUCAUGCUACAGCUUUAAUCAUUGGCAGGAUCCUUAGUCCAAGUGCUCACAUCCAGUGUCCUGGUUUCAGCUAGUUACUUUCUUCAUUGUAUCUAAUACGAUGCCAUGUUUUGGCUGCAAGAUAAACACUUUGAUAACAUACCAGUGUUUCAGUCAUUGCUGAGCAGUGCUAAAGUGCAGAGCUAAAGAUGUUUAUCAGCUUCUCAUACUGCCCUGCCAGCAAGGGGACUGAGGGCACAUACAGAGCUGGGAGUGGACAGAACUAGGAGAGCUGCCCUAAACUGAUCAAAGGGAUAUCCCACACUAUAAAAUACUGUGGAAAACCUCUAAAAACGUUUCACUUUCUCAAAUAUGGAUGCAUUGCUUGGCUGCAUGAGUGGAAAUCACAUGCAUGUUUUGCAGCCAGAACUAAGGAAAGCAGCUUGCCAAAGAGGGUGUAGCAUCAGAGCACAGACUGUGCCAUCCACCUAGUGUUAAGUCUCACUGCUGCAAAGGAUGCCUACGUGACCAGUGUGAUAAGGAGUGUGGCUACAACCUUCAGCUAAAUUGGAGGACAUGCAGAUGUCAAAGUACUUUGCAUCUUGUGCUAUGUAUUGUAGUGGGAUAUAAAGAUCUACUUAACUGAUAAUUUGCUGUUUCACCUACAUUUAGCCCAAGGGAACUUCCAAACCUCAGCAACUCUGAUAUGUUCAGGUAGUGAUAUGUAUGACAACACGCAACAACAGCAGGGAGCUUGCCAGGGGGACAGCUGCUGCCUGGGGACUACAUGGGCAGUGGUCAUCAGGAAGCGAAGAAUUGCACUGCACAUCCCUUGUUUAGUAAAUAUACCUUACUAUCAUUACUGUUAAUUUCCUUUUCUCUUCCUUGUCUUGUCUUUGCAAAUAUAUAUUUCUUUUUUAUCA